UAAUCCCAGCUACUCAGGAGGCUGAGGCGUGAGAAUUGUGUGAACCCGGAAGGCAGAGGUUGCAGUGAGCCGAGAUCAUGCCACUCCACUCCAGCCUGGGGGACACAGCAAGACUCCCAUCUCAAAAAAAAAAAAAAAAAAAAAAAAAAGCUGGGCGGGACCCUGAGGCUGGCCUGACUAUUCUGGGGGCACAGACACAGCAGGCUGCCUGUCUGUGGUCCAGCCUUCAGGAACCCCCUGGAAUUGGGUGUGCAGGGGCUGGGAAGUGGCUGGGGGUGCAUAGUCCCACACCUGUCAUUCAUUGAGCAGGCAUUUAUUGACAGCUUGUGGUGUGUCACGCCCUGCUCUGGGUGUGCCCAGCUCUGGGAGUCAAGGGUAACCUGAGAGACUCAGGCCACUUUAGGAAAACGAAAUCUACCCCAACCACACUUAGUGAGUCAUCCUGGCUGGGCCUGGACUGCCCUCCAGUCGGUCAGCUGGACUGGAUUUCCACUCGGCCCAGCCCUAUGUCUCCCAGACCCUGAUCUCCAGUCUGCACAGGCCGGGUGUCUGGAGCUGGGCCUGGUGACAGGCAUCCCCCAGGUGGGAGGAGGGGACUGUCUUGGCUCUGACCUGGAUAUCAGAUCCGGAGCUGAGGGAGAGGCGCGGGGUCAGGAGGGGAGGCGUUCUGAGUUUCCCCAGCCAAGGCUGCAGACAAGGGGCGCAGACAAUCGGCACAUUGUGAGCAGGGGCUGCAGGAUGAAGCCAGCGAACUGCCGCGCUGAGCGCCCCAAACCUGGGCCUACAGGGGUGAGUCCCUCCCAUCACUCCUGCAGCAAGGACCCAGGGGGUGCCCCGGGCCACCCAGCCCCUCCCUUCCCCAGCCCACUUGCUCCCUGAUCUCUAAACCCCAUGACCCUUCUGACCCUAAUGCGCCCCCAGGUGAAGACCAAGCCCACCUGUGGGGGCUGGAGAGCCACAGGCCUAUCCCUGCUGCUGCUGCUGCUCCUGGCGCUGGCCACUGCGGGGGCUGUGGCUGGAGGGCUUCUUGGCUUCGCUCAGGGCCCUCCCAAGCCAAGGCUGCAGACGCUGCGAAUGACCCUCCCAAGCCCCCACAUGCCCCGGCCCAACCAAACCAUCCUGGUGGACGUGGCCCGGAACGCGGCGACCAUCACAGUGACCCCACCUCAGAGCAACCACAGCUGGGUGGUGCUGUUCGACGGGCAGAGCGGCUGCAUCUGUUACCGCCCUGAGGAGCACCAGGCCUGCUUCCUUCGCCUGAUGGAGGACAGUGAUUGGGAGACCCUGCGGCUGCUGAUGGAUAUCUCCAAGGUCCAAGAGGCUCGGGGCCCUGCCCAGGACACCCAACACACCCAGGAGCUGCUGGCAGUGCAGGGGAGCCACGAGGUGGACCCCGCCCAGGUGGGAGAUUUGGUGCAGCGCCUGUGCACAAGGACCCCCAUCUACUGGGCCCGGCGAGCAGAGGGGCCCCGGAGACAGCGGCUGAUUUAUCUGUGCAUCGACAUCUGCUUCCCAAGCAACAUCUGUGUGUCAGUCUGCUUUUAUUACCUCCCAGACUGAGCCCCGACCUGGCCCAGCCCGGUCCCUGUCCCCAAUCCAGCAGGCUGGCCAGGUCACCCGCACCAGGGAGGACAGCUGCCGGAGGGACUAAUAAACCCUUCUGCCUGGC